GUCACGGCAUCAUUCGAUAUUUCUUCCUUCCUCUGUGCAUAUCCACUUCUCUACAACUCACCAUGGCCGCACUCAGAGCAUACCUUGAGAGGUCAGCCAGCCUCAUCGGGCGGAAUGCGCAAAAAGUCGCACGGAUGGAGCUCCAUCCAGAGACAGGUCCGCAGACAAUCUUCUCCUUCACCUCCUCCCACCAGCCGGUGGACCAGCCCCACCACUUUAGCACCGGCUCAGACGCCGAGCUAGGCGGGCUCACCACCGCCGAUCUCAAGCUCAUCCCCGCCCAGCCCCUCGCAGAGCCCACCGCCUCGCCGCAGCCCAGCUACUCCCACAUGGCUUUCUAUGGCUACAUGUCUACCGCAGUCCCGCCUGCCCAUGCCGGCAAGAUCAGAACGGGCUUCGCCGGAUUCAGGAACACGUCCAGGUCCACCCUGUUUGGCCAGGACACCUGGGACCUCGACAUGGCCACCCAUCUGAGGAUCGUCGUCGCGUACAGGGGCUGGGAAGGCUGGAGGAACAGAUGGGUCGUCAAUAUCGGUGUGGAUGAUCGUCCCAGGACGGACAUCUUCCAACACCGUCUCGAACUGGCCCCUUCGCCCCUUUCCACAUCCUCCACCCAGCCUCUCGACCCUUUGACCCCUCCCCUCCCCCAUUUCACAACACUUCAUCUUCCUCUUUCGUCAUUCGUCCUCAUCAAAAAGGGCCAUGUGUCCCCCUCUCCUGUCACCAUGAGCCGCUCCCAGAUCCGAACUGUCGGUUUCGCCCUCCUCGGCCGAGACAGAGACGAUGUCGCUUCCCCCUUUCCUACUGCUACAGGCAAGAAGGGUAUCGCCGAUGUGACCAUCGGUGGAUGGGGCAGAGGUAGUGUGGACGAAGCGGAGGGCGAUUCCGAGUUGAAGGCAAUGUUGGAGGAAGACCGACUUCUGGGGCCGGAUGCCAAUGCCGGCUCCAGUAUGUCUGGAAAGACUCAGCCCGGCGGAGGAUACCACCGCAAGAGCGUUGCCCAACCCGGCCAUGUGGCUGCUGCGGCUCCAUCCCCGACGCCCUUGGCCGGGGCUGGCGAGGAGGCAGCUGUUGGAGAGGUCAAGGAGGGAUAUUACGAGCUUUGUGUCAAGAGCGUCGAAGCUGUCAAAUGGGAUCCCGAGUUGGACGAGGUGGAGAGCACAGCGUAAGAAGACCAUACAGAAACAAAAUCAUCAAUCAGAAACACUCAAACAAUGCAUACCCCCAACUGACCCUCUCUAUUCCUGUCCAUUUCCCUUUUCAUUUUCCCCUCGUCAGACUUGUACUCCCCACCCCUCGAGGUCUGUUACUCUGUCGUCCCGAGGAGUAUCCAGAGAACAUUGUCAUUACUGAUAUGCAUCUUUGACAUGAU